AUGGCUGCUAAGCCAAUUGAGUUAAAUGAUGAGCCAGAUACUCAGUUUUCUUCAGAAAAGGGACCGCUGAGAGCUUUCGUGUCUAGGAAAACAUCUUCUGUGCCGUUGCAAAUCAACGUUACUGAAAAGAUUCAUUUACUCCUUCUACUGAUUGUUGCAAUUGCUGUUAGACGAUGGAAUAUAGCAGAACCUCCUUCCGUCGUUUUUGAUGAAUCGAUCGUGGGAAAGUCAAUUAAUAACUAUUUGACACAUGCAUUCUCUUUAGACACAGAUCCACCUGCCGUUAAACUUCUCUACACUUGGUUAGUUGAGCUGUGUAACUAUGUUUCCCCUACUUUCAAUUUUAAUACUGGCGAAUCCUACUUGAAUUCAGAGUCGCAACCAUUUUUCCCCUACACAGUGACUAGGGGAUUCAGUUCAUUAUUGGGCGGAUGCACCAUCUUAUUCACCUAUAGGACACUUAGGGCCUCUGAUGUGAGGCAUUACAUUGCCCUCUUUGGUGCAUUCAUUGUGGCAUUUGAGAAUUCAAUAUCUGAACAGUCCAGAUUCAUGUUUGUGGAUUCACCUAUGCUUUUUUUCAUUGCUUUUGCUGUGUCCAUGAUUAAAACAUUACAGAAUAGUAGAGCCUUCAGCAGGAAAUGGCUCUCUGUUCUAUUUCUAUCUGGAAUUUCCUUAGGAUUUGUCAUUUCUUCAAGAGUUAUAGGAAUAUUCACUUUGAUAUGGGCCAUACUGGUAACUAUCAAGGAGACCUGGUUUGACCUUGGUGAUCUUAGAUUGAAGACGAGCUUCGUUAUGAAGACCGGCUUUUCAAAGCUCACUGCAUUCCUCACCAUUCCAUUUACCAUUUACUUGUUCUUUUUUUUUAUCCAUCUCAACAUCCUGACUAAUAAAGGUCCUGGGUAUGGCAAAAUGAGUCCCGAAUUUGAGCGUGGUCUUGCUCAUAAUCACUUAAGCAACCUUAUUGAAGAAGUUUCUUAUGGAUCCGAUAUUAUGCUUAGGAAUUUUCAUUCUGGUCAAUAUCUUCACUCCUACAACGGUACCUACCCUAACGGCCAUCAGCAAAUUACUCUAGUAGAUGAUUAUCAAGACGAGGAAAAUCUAUGGUUUGUGGAAGAAAGGGUUAAGGCAUUAGGAAAUGAGCUCUUGGAAAAACUCAAACCUAUUCGGAAUGGAAAGACGCUUCGCCUAUUUCACAAGAACACAAAGGCCUUUCUUCGCAUUCACGAGAGCAGUAAACCCGCUCUUUCUGAACAGGACUACAAUAAAGAAGCCUCUGCUUUAGGUAAUGAUUCUUGGACAGGCGACGAUUUUGCGGACUUUGAGGUAAAGAUUGCUUCAGAUUACUGCAAAACAGAGCAUGGAAAACAUACAUUGAAGGCUGGGAAUACCAUUUUUCAGCUUUACAACCGUAAAAAGAGCUGCUACCUUUUGGGAACUGAUAAAAAGCUACCAGAGGAUUGGGGACAUGGACAAACUGAGGUUAUUUGUAUUGAGAGUCCUACCUUUGUUAAAUCACUCUGGUUUGUUGACUACAAUAGACACCCUUUGUUCAAUGAGGAUUCGAAUACCGUUGAUUUCAAAAAGCUCAGCUUUUGGGAAAAGUUUAUCGAGACGAACAAUGCAAUGUUGAAGCUGUUUAGUGAAAACAAGUUUGAGCACGAGUACAUGUCGAAACCUAAGGAAUGGAUUUUCUUAAGCAGAGGUAUUCCAUACUUUGUGCAACCGGGCAAAACAAUAUACCUUUUGGGUAAUUUGAUCACUUACUACUUGGUAGCCUUUUCUGUCAUUAUAUUUGGCCUUUGGGAAUUGGGGAAACUCAUCACUUGGAAUCCUAAUAGGGUCACCACUUCCAGUGGCAGGGUCUACGACUAUGAAUUCCAUGGCUUGGACUUCUUCAUCGGAUACCUGAUCAACCUAGUGCCAUUUUAUCUAAUGGAUCAGACUGUAUUUCUCUUCCAUUAUAUUCCCGCUCUAUAUUUUGGUAUCCUCUUAGUCUGCCAAACAUUUGAGUUUAUCGUGUCUAGAAGGGCCAAGGUUGGUUACUGCUUCAUGCUUUUAUGGGGUGUCGCUAUCUUAGUGACCUACAUAGAAUUCGCUCCUCUUAUCUAUGGACUCAAGUGGACAAGACAAGCUUGCGAACGUAUGUUAAUAUCCCCAGCGUGGGAUAACUUGUGUCUUGCAUAUGCAGAAUGA